AUGGCGACUCAAACGGAAGCCCUGGUCUUGACGCCAAUUCCAAAACUGGCACCCGAGUCUGGAAGCGACACUCAAUCGCCCGGCACCGAUGGAGUCUUUCAAUGUUCCGAAAGCGAACAUGUCCGACCAGCCUCGCGCCUCCGGAAGGCGGCCGUGACUUUCCAGCUCUCUGGUGUCAAUUUUGCUUCCAGUGCUGCUAACGGUCUCAUUGUUGUCGGUCUCCCUCGAAUGACACAAGACCUCAAUUUGCCCCAGUCGCUUGCAUUUUGGCCCGCUUCUGUUUUUGGGCUGGCGACAGCGUCUACACUGCUUCUUGCUGGUUCUGUUGCUGAUAUCUUGGGUCCACGAUCAGUUGACUUACUUGGAUGCAUCACUCACGGCGCCCUCAUGCUUGCAUGUGCAUUUAUCAAAAAGGGUGAGGAAUUGGUUGUCCUGAGAGCACUGCAAGGUGUUACCCUGGCUCUACACUUAUCCAGCUCUGUAUCCCUUGUCACCAAGAUCUUACCCCGCGGUCGGGGACGCAACUUUGCUUUUGCUUGUCUCGGGCUAAGUCAACCGCUCGGCUUCUCAUUUGGCAUCGUUAUCGGUGGUGUUCUGGUUGACACGAUUGGAUGGCGGUCGGCAUGGUAUCUCUAUGGAGGCAUCACUCUGCUACUCUCAGCUGUUGGCUUUUGGUCCUUACCUAAGUCCGCUCCACUCGGGACUCAGGACAUUGUGCAUAGUUUGAAGACAAAGGUUGACUGGGUCGGUGCGUUGCUUGCCUCAGCCUUCAUGGCCCUAAUUUCGUAUUUCCUCGCCAUCAUCAGUACGGACGUCCACCGCAUCAAAGAGCCUGCCACCAUCGUUAUUCUCUGUCUUGGGGUUUUGGCUUUACCUUUGUUUAUCGGUUGGAUGCAUCGCCAGCAUAAUUCAGACCAGUCAGUUCUUAUCCCUAACUCAUUUUGGGAAAACUCGGCAUUUGCUAGUAUCUGCGCCACUGUUGCCUUGUCCUUUGGCGUGGUGACCUCACUAGAACUCUUUGCUAGUCUCUUCUUCCAAGAAAUUCAGCAUCUGUCGGCCCUUCAAGCCGCGAUUCGUAUUCUCCCAAACAUGGCGGUUGGAGUGGCUCUCAACUUCUCCACUGGCCUCUUUGUGCAUAAGGUUCCAGCACUAUGGCUUGUCGUUAUAACCUCCCUCCUUUCUGCAGGCUCCCCCUUACUUAUGGCAACUAUCCAGCCAAGCUGGUCUUACUGGGCCAGCGCAUUCUUUGCCCAACUCUUGAUGCCAUUCUCUGUUGAUGUGCUCUUUACUGUAGGUCUAAUUAUUGUUACUGAUAUAUUCCCUGAGGAUAAGCAAUCUAUUGCUGGUGCUGUUUUUAAUACUGCAUCUCAGUUUGGAAGUUCCUUUGGCUUGGCUGUUAUGCAAGUGGUUUCUAUGCUAGUGGCUAAAGACUAUGACAGAAGGAAGUCUUCUGAGGUUCUUAUGGAGGGAUACCGGGCAAGUUUCUGGACUAUGUUUGCCUUUAUGAUAGUAUGUGUUAUUAUCGCGGGAGCCGGUCUACGAAAGACAGGCAAGGUCGGAUUGAAGCAGGAUUAA